AGGACCCAUGGCCUCCCUAUAAUAAUUGCCCACGACCUCAGUGGAAAGAACACGAGGCUCUGCAUACUUUGUUGUCCCCAUCCUCCCCCUUCCUCUCUUCUCUUGAUUUAAAUUUUUAAAUGCCCGCAUGGUGAUGUCAUGCCAACGGAUACAUCCUCCUUAAAAGCCCUCCUCGCCCCAUCAAAAGCCAAAGAAUUCCCUUCUCUCCGUGCUUUCUCGCAUGGCGACUCAAGAAGGGUCUGAGGCCUCGGUGGCUAGCUCCUCUACGGCGCCCAACAAUUGGUGGGAGGUUCAUGCGAACCCUCUUUCAUCUUGGAACACCAUGGGCCGGUGGCAGCCUCCGAAUCCCCAUUCCAACUCCUCUUGUGACGAGGACAUCUCCAACACCACCACGUCAUUCACCAACACUUCCAACCAUUCAGGCCUCACCAUGGAUUCGUCCUCUGCCAAUCUCUCCGGCGAACCGGUCGAGAACCACUUAUGGAGCCAAGUUCUGUUAAACGUUGGAAGUGGUGGAGACUUGCACAGCAAUCAUGAUAACGGAGAGAACUUCCUCGAGGUGCUGACCUCCAAGAGCCUGACGACAGAGAUGUUCGACCCAGCCUGUGAUUACCUCAAGAAGAUGGACAAUAGUUGGGAGUUCACGCAACCAUGUUCGCUCAACAGCUUGGAUAAACAGUUGACAAGCUAUAAUGGAAGCAUCAUGGAGCCAGCUGAAAGACUGACAAACUUAUCGGAUUUGGUUAGCAACUGGUCCAUCGCUCCUCCAAAUCCACAGCUCAAUCCACCAUCGACAUGCAACGUUUCGAUUAAUCCCUCUAUGGCUCGGUAUUCCACAUCAAAUAUUUCUUAUAUCAAACACGAGAUUCCUAAUUCGCCAUCAUAUCCUGGCAGUGGAAUGGGAGGAGACACAAAUACAAGUUACGUGCCAUGUUAUGACCACGAUACAAAAGAAGAAAGCCAACAUCAUCAGGACAUGGGAGCUUCUAUGCCUUCAUUUCUAAGGCCGUUUAGUACUAACAAUAUUGGACACCAGAUUGGUGUCAGCAAUUUACUUAUGGGCCUCAACAACAAGUUCUGCAGUGGGAUGACAGACGUGCCUUGGUCUAACACGAGGAAUUUAUCAGAGCUUAUCUCUUUUACUGACUCUUUGAACAAGCCAGCAGUGGACUUACGAGCCUCUAAGUCUUAUACAAAAGUCUCAGAUUCAUCUGAUAGUAAGAAGCAAGUCUUUGAUAAUUCAUCAACGAGAGGAAAUGGGAGAAGCAGUGCAACAACAAGUGAAGGAAAAAAGAAAAGAUCAGAUGACAGUUCAGAAACUCUCUUCAAGAAAUCUAAACAUGAGAACUCAACUACAUCAUCUCUCAAGUUGCAGGCACCUAAAGUAAAGUUGGCAGAUAAAAUCACUGCACUCCAACAAAUUGUGUCACCCUUUGGAAAGACUGAUACUGCAUCAGUACUACAUGAGGCAAUCAAUUAUAUCAGAUUUCUACAGGAGCAAGUACAGUUGCUCAGUGACCCAUACAUGAAGUCAGGAGCUAGCAAGGAUCGCAAUACAUGGGGAGUCUUGGAGAGGACGGACAAGUCUGAACCAAAGCUUGAUCUGAGGAGUAGAGGGCUUUGCCUAGUUCCUAUUUCCUGCACUCCCCAAGCCUACAGGGAUAACAAUGGACCAGAUUACUGGAUGCCGACAUACAGAGGUUGUCUAUAUAGAUGAAGUACUAUUUCUACUUCUGAUUUCAAGUGGUAGUGAAACACUGUGGCACAACUACAUCUGCUAAAAGAAAAAAGAUAACAGAAUUGGUGGUAAGUUAAGAACUGCUGCCUAUAAAAUAUUUUGGUUUUGAAGGUUGAAAUAUCAAUUGGUGUAAGAAAUGAGAUAUUUGUAUUCAAUGAACUACUGAUGGACCAAAAUUUUACUCUACUGAA